AUGAGCAGUCAGAAUGAGAAUGACACUCAGAAAGGAAGAGUCCUCAGCAUCACCAUGGAGAAGCUCACAGUACAAGACACUGGGGAGUACUGGUGUGCUCCUAAUGAUGACUCUCACCUCUUCCACAUAAAGGAAAUUAAGCUGGCUGUUUUCAUAGGUCUCCAAACCCAAACAUCUGAUUCUGAGGAGAGCCGAUCAGAAGGAAGCACUCUGUAUAUCCAGUGUCCUUACACAGCACAGACUAAGUACCAGCAGCAGAAAGCCUGGCUCCGCCUGAGAGAUAACCAAUGGGUGGUCUUAGUGAAGACGACCAACCCAACAGAAUACUCAUACGCAGCCCGGGCCACAGAGGGGAAGGUUACAAUAGAGGACAACCCCGUGCAUAGGACUGUGUCCAUUACCAUGAUUAACCUCCAGGCAGAGGACUCAGGCACAUACUCUUGUGCUUACCUUUCCUACAGUGACUGGUAUCUUCCAGCAAAGAUAAUCUCACUGAAUGUUUUCAAGGAGUUGCACAAGUGGGAGUUGGACAGUCUCUCUGGGCAGUGCCCGUACAGCACCCACUCGUACACCACAGAGACAAAAGCCUGGUGUCAAAAAGAACGUCAGACUGGUUGUAGAGUUGUGGUGAGGGCAGAUUACACUUCAACAUGGCAUAACAGCAAAGCUCUGGAAGACAGAACAUUGAUCCAGGAUGACACUCAGCAGAGGACUGUCACCAUCACCAUGCAGAAGCUGCAGGCCCAAGACACAGGCGUGUACUGGUGUGCUCUCUACAGAAGUCUCACCCGGAUAAUGGAGGUCAGGCUCUCUGUGUCCAAAAGGACCCAACAAUACACAGCCAAGGAGUCAGGCAACGUGUCUGUCUGGUGUCCAUACAGCGCCCCUGACUAUGGGGCGAUGAGCAAAGCCUGGUGCAAAGAGGGAACUAGGAAAGCAUGUACUGUACUGGUCAACACGAAUUGGAAGCCUCGAGGGUACCUCAGGACACCUCAGCAAGGCAGAGUCAUGAUCCAGGACGACACUCAGCAGGGGAUUGUCACCAUCACCAUGGAGAGGCUGCAGGUACAGGACUCCGGCGUGUACUGGUGCGCACUUUAUGAACAUGCUCAUCUUUUCCGAAUGGUGGAGGUUACGCUCAUAUUGGCUGGAACAACUUUGUCAGGUACUGUAGGCACAAGUCAAACAACCCCUUCUGGCAACACCCCAGCACCGAGCUCAAACGUAAACACCUUCAUCCUACUCUCUGGGGUCCUGAGCAUCCUGUUCAUCCUGGCACUUAUCACCUCGAUAACACUGAGCGUCAAGCGUCGCAAGCAGCUAAAGAGAAGAGGUACCAGACAAGCAGAGGACACCUAUGACAAACCAGAGGACAUAGCACAGCUUGACAGCACUGAAAGAAUGGAAAGUCCCAAGGAUGACAGCAAAGACCUAAAAUAUGUUACCCUGAACUUUAAAUCCCAGCUCAGCUCUGAGGAUCCUCUUUACUGCAAUGUUGAACCAAGUCAGACUCACAAGAAACCCAAAGACGAAAAUGUGGAAUAUGCUAUCAUUGCUCUCAAGCGGUUACCGACAAAUGACAAAGGAUGA